GAGCACUCAUAAUUGACAGGAAAAUGUUAAAUGCCCAAAUUGACCGAACGAUAAUAGUAAUCACUUUUCGAUUAUGCACGCACCAAACCAAAUCCAUUCUUGAUUCUUCUCUCUCACAUAACCCACCAUCAAUUUGAAAUUUUGAUGAUAACCCUUUUUCAUUUCUGCGCCUAUCUAAUCUGAGGGAGAUUGAAUUGAAAUUCACCCAAAAUGAUGACAAUAGAAGGAAAUAUGGAUAAGGGGGUGUUGGAUGACAUAAUUGGGCGGCUGUUGGAAGGCAAAGGAGGGAAACAGGUGCAGCUUUCGGAGGCGGAGAUCCGCCAGCUCUGCGUCAACGCUCGCCAAAUUUUCCUCUCCGAGCCCAACCUCCUUCAACUCCGCGCCCCUAUUAGGAUCUGCGGAGACAUACAUGGCCAGUACCAGGACCUAUUAAGGCUCUUCGAAUAUGGUGGGUACCCUCCUGGCGCAAAUUACCUAUUUCUAGGAGAUUAUGUUGAUCGAGGCAAGCAGAGUUUGGAAACAAUAUGCUUACUACUGGCUUACAAGAUAAGGUAUCCAGACAGAGUAUACCUUUUAAGGGGAAACCAUGAAGAUGCCAAGAUUAACCGUAUUUAUGGAUUUUAUGAUGAAUGUAAGAGGCGGUUCAAUGUUCGGCUGUGGAAGAUAUUUACCGAGUGCUUUAAUUGCUUGCCUGUCUCUGCCCUCAUAGAUGAAAAGAUACUUUGCAUGCAUGGAGGACUUUCUCCUGACCUCAAACGAUUGGACCAGAUUAAUGAGAUUACUAGGCCGACUGACAUUCCAGAUAGUGGUCUCCUCUGUGAUUUGCUUUGGUCUGAUCCUGAUCCUAGGAUACGUGGUUGGACUGAUAGUGAUAGAGGUGUUUCAUGUGUUUUUGGGGCAGAUGUAGUUGCAGAAUUCUUACAAAAAAAUGAUUUGGACCUCAUUUGCCGCGGUCAUCAGGUGGUGGAGGAUGGGUAUGAAUUCUUUGCCAAAAGAAGACUGGUUACCAUAUUCUCCGCUCCAAAUUAUGGUGGAGAGUUUGACAACGUAGGUGCUCUUUUGAGUGUGGACGAAUCACUAGUGUGCUCUUUUGAGAUAUUGAAACCCCUGUUAGUCAAUCCAAAGAUGCCUUUGAAAAAGCCCCCUAAAAUUGGAGCGGCCUGAUGCACCACGAAAUGCAUUUACAAGUUUGUUUCAGUGAAUGGGUGGAACGUAAAGCUUGAAUUUCUUUGUUGAUAAGCUGUCUCGUGGACAAUGUUUGAUGCUCGUAGCUUAGAAAACUUGGAAGCCGGGAACUUGAGGAGAAUCCGUUACCAACGUAUUGCCAGGCAAAAGAGAUCUGUAAACUGGAGGACCGAGCUGUUUCCCUUUCAUCGAAUUAGAACCCUCUUAGAUUUGGGAUAAUUUAAAGCUUUGUGUUUGUUUACAACUUACUGCAAAUGCUAAUGUGAUUUCUAGCAUCAUUUGUACAUCCAUUCUGACUACAGGUAUGGGUCUUUGUUUGGUAGUCUGAUCUUCAAUGCAGCAAUAGCAAGUUUAUGUUCUCUAAACUUGGAAGAAGAUGAAACAAUUUCCCUUUUCCUGUGUUGCUUUCUGUUUAGAUACUUUCCUAGUGAAUAUUUGUAUAUACAUUUUUUUGCAUUUAAUAUACAAUACCAUGGUGAACUCUC